AUGCCCACGCUCUCCUCCUUCCUCGCCCUUCUCAGCAUCGCCCAUAGAGCAAUCGGUGCCCCUCACCCAAACCCUCAGCUUGGGAACUACAUCAAUUGGCGCACCUUCCAGGGCCACGGUGUCAACCUAGGCGGCUGGCUCGAGCAAGAGUCCACAAUUGACACAACCUGGUGGGCCACGUACUCCGGCGGCGCCUCAGACGAAUGGGGCCUCUGCGCAAAUCUCGGCGCGCAAUGCAAGCCGGUUAUGGAACAACGCUACGAAACCUUCAUCACGACAGCGCACAUUGACAAACUCGCGGCAGCCGGUAUCACCGUCCUCCGAAUCCCCACCACCUACGCCGCCUGGAUUCAGAUGCCUGGCUCACAGCUGUACUCGGGCCGACAGCAAGAGCAUGUGCGGCGGAUCGCGACUUACGCGAUCACAAAACACGACAUGCACGUCGUGCUAGACAUCCACUCCCUGCCGGGCGGCACGAACGGGCUAGACAUUGGGGAGGCCGUCGGGCACUGGGGCUGGUGGCACAAUGAAACAGCGCUGACAUGGUCGCUGCGUGCGGUCGACGCGGCGGUCGCCUUCAUCGCGCACUCGGGCCACCCGGGCAGCUACUCGCUGUCGCCGAUCAACGAGCCCGCGGACAAUCAUAACUUCAGCGCCUUCGGUACGGCUGCGGCGCUGUCCGAUGAUGGCGCCGUCUGGCUGGCGCGAUACAUUAACAAGGUACUUGCGGCGGUAGCAGCGGUGGAUGCGCGUAUUCCGGUCAUGUUCCAGGGGAGCUUCAAGGCGCCGGAGUUCUGGACACCAUAUUUUGAUAAGCACGCGAACAUGGUGAUCGAUGUGCACCACUAUUACUGGCAGUACUCAAAUUCGAGCUCGGCCAAUUUGCCUGCGUUCUUGUGUGCGGAUGCACGCGCGAGUCAGGGCGACGGGACGUUCCCGACUUUUGUAGGGGAGUGGGCGAUGGAGGCCGGGACGGAGAAUGAGCUGGGCUUGCGGGGGCGGAACCUGCAGGCGGGCUUGUCGGCGUUUGCGGAGUUCACGCACGGCAGUACAUACUGGAACUCAAGGUUUUUGAGUAAUGCGACGACGGAGGGAGAAGGGCUGAAGCAGGAUUAUUGGAGCUAUGAGGAGUUUAUCGAGGCGGGGUUGACGGGGAGUGCGGUAAUCAAGCAGUACUGCAAGAAGAGAGGAUACUAG